AUGGCUCCCGGGGAGGGCGGGACGCCGCUGUCGCGCGACGGGAGCGCGCUCUUCGCGCCCGUGCGCGACCACCUGGAGGGCUUGCGGGAGCAGCUCGCGGGGCUGUUGCUGGAGAGGCAGUUGCUCGAGGAGCAGCUCAACAGGAACUGUCGGUCGGCCUUGGGCGGGCUGUGGGACCUGCAGGUUCACCGUUGGGUGGCGGAGCCGACGGAUGGUCUGCUGAAGCAGGCGCUGCACAACCAGUGGCCUGCCCUGGACGUGAUGCGGGCCGUCGUCGUGGAAGGCCGCCUGGAGAAAAUGUGGGACCUCCAGCUAUGGCUCAGCAUGAUCCUCGACAGCGCCCAGCAGCACUGGGGCACGGUCGCAGAGGAGGCGCGGCAGAUGGGGGAGAGGCUCGCGGUGCAGGCGAAGCAGCUGUCCGUGAACGCGCGCACCCUCGACGCGCGCGCGGAGGUGUUGCUCGGCCUCCUCGCCCGCACUCCCGGGUUCGAGUCGCGCGCGCAGGGCGUGCUUGCGAACCUGCGCGGUGGCCUGGAGGCCCGCGGGCAGCGAGGCUUCGACUCGGUCUUCUCCCCAAUGUCCAAGGUGCACGGUCUGCUUCAGCGGGUCACGGUUAUCGCGACCCGCGUGGAGGAGAGCGCGGGCUCGUUGGCUGCCGAGAUGGAGCCAGACUGGUGCGGCGGCACGGGCGAGGAUGUGCCAGCGGAGGUCGCCGCGGUAUCCGAGGAGAAUUGCCGGCGGCUCGCGGCCUGGGCGCGGGGGCUGGAACACAAGAUGAGCCAUUGGCUCGCCAGCAGCGCCCUCGACGCCUUUCGCUCCGUGGCGCGCUGGCAGCUGGACGCGGCCGCCAACCUGACCGCUGCCGCGGAGUUGCUGAGGUUGCUGUGGGGCGCUUCCGAAGGCCUCCUUGGCGACGGCGCGCCCCCCGUAGCCACGGGGGGCCUUGGCGUCGGGGACAACCCGGAGGAGCCGACCGUCCUCCUUGACUCCAGCAACCUGGAGGACUCCGUGAGGCUACUCGAGGAGGACGCGGAGCACUUCACCCCUGGCGUCGGCGCCACCGCGGACGCGGCCCCACUGCCGAGGCGCCUCAGCGACACCGCCAGGCUGCUGGCGGACGGACGGCCGAACCAGUACGUGGCGCCGCCGCAGCGCCCGGCGCCGGAGCCGCGCGGCGAGCCGCUGGGCCGCAGGCUGAUGGGCCUGAUGAGGCUCUGCGUGCGCUUCCAGUGGCUGACGGACAUGAUGAGCCUGACGGCCACCAACUGGUUCGAUAGGGUGCGCAGGAGGGGUGAUGGGCUGCUCCGCGUGUCCUCGCGCAUCGAGGCGGACCAGCGGGCCCUGCACGAUUCGCUGCAGACGCUGCCAGAGUACCGCCGCCUGGCUUUCGAGGAGAUACACGAGGCAGGGCACUGGGGCAAGGGAAACUCGGGCGGAGGGUCCAACCCCACGCGCACGUGGGCGGUGGCGCGCGGUCUCGUGGAGAUCCUGGCGCAGUAUCCGCCCGGCGGCGCCCUGUCCGUGCUCGACAUCGGCUGUGGCUGGGGUGAGUGGCUGCCGGAGCAGCUCCGCAGAGCCAUGGCCGCGGGGACGAUCCGCAGGGACCUGAGCUACGUGGGUGUGGAGAUCGCCUCCCAGCCCGUGCAGCACCUGCGGGCCGUGUCCAGCUCCUGGGCCCUCGGCCGUUGGCGCUUCGAGGUCGCCGACGCCGUCAGCGACGCGCUGCCCGCGGGCGCGGACGUCGCGGUCGUGAGGCACGUCUUCCAGCACCUCACCACCGCGGACGCGCUCACCUUGCUACGCAACCUGCGGCAGGCGCGGCCGCGGUAUUCCGGGCCUCCCAGGCUCCCCGAACGUGGACCUGAGCACGGUGGGCGGCUCCUCGGCCUUCGCCAACGUGGGCCCAGGCAGGGCCCACCAGUUCCAUCCAACUAUGACCUUCGGUCGCCUCCUUUUGCCCUGCCGGAGCCUGACCGGGUCGUCCUGGACCUCAACACCACCAACUCUGGCGAGGCCAAGGAUCCAGAGCAGAUGCUGCUCUACCCCGUGGAUGCAUUGGACGUGCUCGGCUAG